AGUAUGGCGGACAGCGAGAGUGAUUUGGAAACAGACGGGCUAGAAUUAGCCCUGGACACUUUAUAUAUCAGACACUGCAGCAGCGAAUCGUCUCUAAAUAGCAAAUGCUAUUGCUCUGCGUUUUGUGAGUUGAUAGAGGAGUACACAGGGCAAUGGCAUGUCCCUCUCCCUCAACUGAAGGUCCUGCGGACUGCUCUUUGCAGCUUCACCACAGCCACUGCUGCCUUCCCUGAUGAUUGUCAGCACAUCCACUAUGUUCUCAGCAGUUUGGCCUUGAGCUUCUUUGAACUGAUGCUCUUUUUUAGCAAAGAAGAAUUUGUGGAAGAGCCUUUAAAGGACAUCCUUGAUUCAUUUCUGGAGUGCAGUACUCGGCUCCAGAGGCACAGGAACAUCUACUUUCAGCAUGUGAAGCAGAUCAUCAAAGCAGGAGGCCCAUGGGAGAAUCCAGUGCUUCAAGGAAUCCUUAAGGAGGCGGACUUGUCACCACAAGAGGUUGAGGACCACUUGAGCUCAGAGUUGCCGGUGUUCUUUGAGCUGCGAGUUCGCUAUUUGCAGGCCUGUGAGCGACUGCAAGAGGCCAAAGCCCUGGCUAAAAGCUGCAUGGAGAAUCGUGAGGCUGGAAAGCAUCUGUACUUCCAUCAGGCCUACCUGACCUGCCUCUACAAAGCCUCGUUGCAUGAACAUCUGCAAAAAGAGAUGGCAGAGAUAGAUGGCCGUGAUGCUGUAGAGAUCAUUUGCAAUACAGAGAGAGUUGAAAAGGAUGAGCUUCUGUUGUCGCUUUGUAAAUCUUUUCUAACCCAGCAGCUACACAAUGGAGACAUGUACUACAUCUGGGACCUGGUGUUCAUCUGGAGCAGGUUGCAUCUAAGGGCUCAUUCCUCCAGAGAAGGUUUCCUUGCAGAGUGUUUGCAGUUGGCUUCUUCUGCGUCUAACGUCCGAGCUAUUUUCCCCUUCAUCAAACUUGUCACCACAGAGCUGGGGGGUGAAGGAGUCCAGGUCUGUGUGGAGCUUUGUGCCAGGGCAUUGCAGCUGUGUGACAUACAAGCUGACAGUGUCACCCGUUCCCUGGUCUGCAAAACCAUCGCCUUCCUGCUUCCCCAUGACCUGGAGAUCUGUAGAGCAUGUGCUCUGCUGGUUUUCUGCCAGGAACGCAGCCUGGAAGCGUACCGAACCGUCUGCCUGCUUUACAUGCACCCAGACCAGGAGCAGCACCCCCACAACAACCCUGUCCGCACCUGUGUGCGCUUCCACAUUCUGCAGAUGCUCAAGGAGCGCCUGUGUUUUGACCCUGAGUUUUGGAACCUGCUGGCCAUUAGGACCCAGUGCCUAGAGCUGAUGAAUGACAAGGUCAUGAAGGCUGCAGUUCUCAAUGAGAUGAGGGAAGAAGAGGAGAAGCAGUACAGAGAAGAGCUAUCAAUGAAUGACCUGAAUGAUUUUGAAAAUGUCCUAAGCACUCAAGGUUUCAAUUCUUGCCCAUGCACAGAAACUGUUAUAGAGAACCAAGACUUUCAAGAAAAGCAGGCUAAAGUUGGAACAAAGAUCAAGGGUUUUGCCCCAUCACACAAACCUCUCAUAAAGAGAAGACAAUGGAGACGAGUGCUGCGGAGGAAAAAACCUAUAUCUGAUGAGGAGGUGGACUUUGGUGAUGAUCCAGAAUUUAAAUACAAUCUCAAAUCUUCAAGCCACAAAACCAUGUAUUCACUGAGACGGAAUCACACCAACAAGGAAAAUUCUGCAGCAGUAAAACAUCCUCGAGACCGAAAAAGAGAAUACUUGUCUAGAUGUGUGAAGAGCCAAAUACUGAAAAGGAAGGGCCGUAAAAGAUGGUUACAGGGUCUUCCGAGGUUUGAGCCAGUACAGGUGCCUGUACAAGUACAGACAGUCAAAAUCCCAGGGAAGAAGCGAGGACGGAAACCUUUACAGAAAUUGGAACUAUCCUACCCUGAAAAUGAAAUAUCAGUUACAGAGGAGGAGUCAGGUUUGGAGAAGUUAAGUAACCUAAGAAAUACGCCAGACAUCUCUCACAACAAGAUUGAAUUUGAAGUUAAAAGUGAACAGGAAGAGUGGCAGUCUGAGGUAAAAGUUGAGCCAAAUGUUGAGAAUGAAAACAAGAAACAAACAGACCUAGCAUGUUGUAGCAGCCUUGAUGAACAAAUACAAGAAAAAUCUCUACCACACCUUGAAGGUCCUUCAGGUGAACCUCAAGCUGCUAUUGAAGCUGAACCAGAGCUUGAUGGUCCACCCUUAGAGUUAGUGGAUUGCCCAAUCGAGCAGUUACACAGCUACUCUCUUAAAUCCAAAUGCCCUGAGAGUGAGAAGCAACCUUCAGAAUAUCCUGCACCUGAGGACCUUCAUGAGGACACAGAAGAGACGCUCCAACCCAAAGAGGAAACAGAGGACUCAAACAGAAAGGUGGGUGUCAAGAGAACUUGGAGGGAGAGAAUGCUCCGCACCCAACAAUACGCCCACUUGAAGUUUUACUGCACACUGUGCCGCAAAGACUACAAAGGCCUGAAUGUUAUGAGGCAUGCUCUGUCACACCUUAAGAAAAGAAAGUGCAUACUCUGUGGAAAACGCUUUAAACAUCUCCCCUUUGCCAAAAAGCAUGUUCUGGACCACAUAGAUGAAAUGUUCAAGCAGAACUCUGAUGAUAACAAGCCAUCCUCUGAGGAAACUCCGAAUGAAAAUGGAAUAGUGAAUAAUGUGGAACAGCCAACCCAGCCUCAGGUUAGCAAGAAAGUCAAGCAGAAAGUGUCAGACCUAGACAGGGACGUUCGAAUCAUCAGAAACAUCCGAACCCUCAUAAAAAAGACAUGCUUGGUCAACAAAAAGUCCAAGAACCCACGCCCCGGUACUGCUGAGCUGAUAGAUUUCAAGGAUGAUCAGGUGAUCAUUAAAGAUGGCGUGGUGAUUGUUAAACAUCAACCUGUAAUAGAAAAAGAUGGAGAAGGAGUGGGUGAGGAGCAGCCAGAAGGACAAAAUGGAUGUGUUGUGGACAUGAAGUAUCACCUGUGCCCCUCAGAGUCCUGUGACAGGGUAUUCUUGAGGAUCAGCUCCACCCUCAUGAGGCAUGCGGUAAAAUGCCAUAUCAGUGAUGAGGCAGUUCUGGAUAAAGUUUUUGUUUGGGCCAAACACAAGUGCACACUUUGCCUUAGGAAACUACAGUUCUUCCAGCACUACAAGGACCACAUGAAGCAGCAUGACAAUCCUCUCCAAUACUUCUGCUACCAUUUGGACUGUAACCAGCGUUUCUUGACACAACAGGAACUGAAAGACCACAUCAGUACCCACCAGCCCUUCAGGCCUCAGUGCCCAUUUACAGCCUGUGAGAAGCUUUUUCCAAGCCUUCAGUGUCUCUAUGACCACGAAUGGAGACAUUACAACCCAACACCUCAAAGGGAUGAGCUCGAGGUGGGGCCCAGCAGACAGAGACAAAGUGCUGAAGCACCGUGGAAGCAGAGGGUGAAAGUAGAGGAAAUAUGGUUGCAGAACAAAACAGAGCAGAGGUUGAGUCCUGCUCUUGAACGUGCCGAGGCCUCCAAUCUUGAGGAUUUUAUAGUUAUCGAAACUGAAAAUCAGUCUGAUGAAAUUUGUGAAACGCCAACCCUAACCAUCUGUCAGGAACAGUUAAAAUCUGAAAACUGCUCUGAGACCUAUCAGCUGGACGACAUCAAAGCUGCUGUCAAUGGAUAUGUGGCUGGGACAGUAAGUCAAGUGUCUUUGGGAAAUAUCAUUCCUUCCUCUACUGGUGCUGCUACAGCUACUCCAAGGAGGAGUGCUCAAAAGAAACCUCGCACUGAGUUAGACCCCUUGGAUGUCAAAAACCGUGAGGAUAUGUCUAUUACAGAUGAAGUUAUUCGCCAUCGACUUGGAGAGCCGACCAUCACCGAGCACAAAACGUUCAAACCAGAUGAUCCCACUUAUGGCACAUCAGCAAAAGCUAAUUUUGUUCGGCCACCGCCCUCCACCUACCUGGACGAGUCUGUGACCUCAAUGCGCAAGAGAAGGUCUGAAGAAGAACCUGCUCAAAAGAAAACAAUCUACUGGAAGGCAACUAAAAAGAACAUCCCUGAUCCUAAAACUCAGCCAAAGGAGGAAAAUGUUGCUCCAGAGAACAAGAUCAGACAUCGCUGUGUGAAAUGCCUUUCCUCGUUUGGCAGCAUCGAAGAAUUACAAAAACACCAAGCACUGAACACCUGCUCUGCUCUCUUUGGCUUUGAUUCUGAUGAUGAAAGUUAGUGGAAGAGAAGAGGAUGUCUAGAUAAGAGUGCUCACAAGAAUCUGCUACCAGGCUCAGGACAAGCAUUGAAGACAAAGGAACACUGGACUUAUUUGAUGCUUUCUAACAAGUAUGUAAACAAAGGAAACAUGAUGUGCCAAAAUGGUUAGUUUGUGGAUUUUUUUCUGCUGUUCAUUUAAUUUUUAGGACCUUUUUUGAAGCAAUAAUUUUUACAACUAGUUUUGAGCACUUGCUUUGUGAAAUAUAAUCAAUACCACCUGUAUCAGGUUUGUAAAACAGACAAAUCUGUGGUAAAUCUAAAACUCACAAUAAGUCAGUAUUCACUACUUUCAGAAAGUUAUAUUUUUGUCAGUAAUUUAAAAAAAAAAACUGACAGAAGACAACAUGAAAAACAAGCAAUUGCUUGAACAAAAGUCAUGUGCAGCUUUAAAUUUUGACUUGUAUUUGGUUGCUAUCAGUUUGACCUCUUAAUAUUGCAGAAUAAAUGGGUCAUAUUCUGAGGCCUUCAGCAGACAGGUAAAGUUGGCCAAAAUGAUAUUUUUAAUCUCUUUGAAAAUUCACACAUUCAUUUUAAGUAAAUGUGAAUUUUUUGCGUUCUGCCCAGUUCCCACAUUACUAAAUAAUAACUCUCAUUCUUCAAAUGUUUUGCUGGGACUGAGCACAAGGUGUGAACCACUUCUUUUUCCUGGACAAAAAUAAUUUACUCUCCAAUUUUGUGCCGAAAAAUGAGUUGGUAUUGAGGAUUUGGCUUUCAGUUUAUUUUUUCCUUGCUUGUAGAGGGUUUUUAGUCAUUUUCAGAAGGGCACGUCUUCUCAAAAUGUGUGAUUUCCAAAACAUACAGUUGCAAGAAAAAGUAUUUUAACCCUUUGGAAUUUCUUGGAUUUCUGC